UGUACAUACAAAAGUUGUUACUGUGAAACUCAGCCAAGUUAGAUUACUUCUUGCUUCGAUCAAACUUAAAGCGAUGAGGAGGACGACGACGAUGAUGUAUGAUAAAUACACUCCUACAAUUCGUCACUAUAAUACGAAAUCUUCGUCGAUUCGUUAUGGUUGUAUUAGUCUCGUAUGGUUUUCAGCACAACGUACUAUAAUCUUCGAAAAGACUCUAAUGGGUUUUGGUUAAUCAAAAAUCUUCUCUAAUCAAGAGCAAUUAUGAAUUUUAAUAUAUGCUAAAUUUUCUUACGAAUAUUGGUAGCGAGUAGCGACAGUGUCAUAAUGGAGGGAGUAAAAGCUAGUUCCUGCCUGACAUGGACGAACAAUUUCGGGUACUUAUAGCAACUCUGCCAAUUUUCCCCAUUUUCCCACACUAUCUUUCUUACUUCCCAUUUUUUUAUUUUUUUUCACUGCCCAUUGUCCAAUAUAUAGUUGUUUUUCUAUUUUUUAUAUAUUGUGGCGCAAGAAAACAAAAGAGGCAGGCGCCGCUGGGGCAGCGCAGCCGUACGACAGUGGUGAGGAGAUAGGGCUGACGCCAUCAUCAUCAUCAUCACAAAGGGAGCGGAGCUGAGAGAGAGGAGAAAACUGGUCUGGUCACAUGACCAGCGCAACACCUUCCCAGCCCGCUAUCUCUUGUCUAAUCAGGCGGCUGCUGCUAUUACCCUUUUCUCGAAAACAAUUAACCGGUCGAACCCAGUGUGACCAAACCGUAAGAAUUACGUAGAUGAUACAGUACCAUACGGUCUGGAUGUGUCACAAAAUUGUAUACUAUUUAUUCGAUCUUAUAUAUAGUUUGUGUAAUUUUUUUUAAGUUAGUGUACAAGUUUAAUUUGAUUCACACUUGUGAAAAAAAAUCGGACCGAAUCAUAUGUUUUAGCGAUGCAAUCAACCUCCAAUCAUGCACUUGUUACUGCUAUACACGAACCUACCUUUCCACUCGAGUAUGUUUAUAAGAAAAUCAUAAUUUAGAUAGUUGAUAAUUUUGGCACAACAAUUUAGUUUUUAUUUUCAUGGUUAUCUACACCGUCAAUAGACAUUUCAUCGAUCGACUAUAUUGUACUUUGAUAUUUCUUAACCCAACUUCAAUGUGAAGGGGGAUACUCAUUUUUCACUAGUUGGGCCUUUAGCCGAAAUAAUCAACUCAACUUGAACCAAGCCGUGUCAAAUUAGAGACGAUCCGAGUUGAUUGCCAUUGAAUUCAUGACCGAAUCGAACCGGACAACCUCGAUUAGCUAUGGGCCAAGAGAGGAAAUGUGGAAGAAGAAGAUGAAGAAGAAGAAAAAAACAUGCAUAAAAAACGGAAAAUUAAAUUUUAAAACACAUUUUCUAUUGAGCUAAACCAAUGGAGUCUCUCUCUCUCUCUCGCAUUCGAAUCUGUAUAUAAAAAAGGCAAAGCAGCAAACCCAAACCCAAGUCCCUGGUCGUGCCGUCCAGCCGACGAUUACGGGUGUCUCAGUGUGGGACCCAUCCGUCCCUUCUUCUUCUUCUUCUUUUAUACCCUCUUUUCUUCCUCGUUCCAUUCCUCUGUUUUUUUUUUAUCACCGCUCCCUCCAAUGGCUUCCUCCACCGCCAGAUCAUCGGAAGGCCACUACCGAGGCGUCAGGAAGCGGCCGUGGGGCCGCUACGCCGCCGAAAUCCGCGACCCUUGGAAGAAAACCCGCGUCUGGCUCGGCACCUUCGACACCCCUGAGGAAGCCGCCCUCGCCUACGACGGCGCCGCCCGCUCCCUCCGCGGAAACAAGGCCAAGACCAACUUCCCUCCUUCCCCGGCCGCCUGCUCCUCCCCAAUCGCCGCUGCCGACGUCGCCCUCCCUUCCACCGGCUUGUCGCUGGAUCUCAACUCCCCCACCUCCGGCAACAACCCCCACCGCCAUUUCCUCCACCACCACCGCUGGACGGCCGCCGCCGUCGGCGGCCCGCGUUUCUCCCUCGGCGAGUUCCUCCAGACCGGCGUCCUGAAAGAGAUCACCGCCGAAAAUCCCGUCACCGUCGCAUCCGCAGCUCCCUCUGGCGGCGUCGCUGCCGCUCCGCCGCCGUUUUUGGGAAUCGUGAGGCGCGGGCUGCCUAUUGAUUUGAACGAGCCUCCGCCGCUGUGGUUGUAAAAAAAAUUAGCUCGGUGGGUCGGGGUAACUAAUUAAUGUAACGUUUUUUUUUUUUUUUUUACUGAGAGAGGCUUUAUGAUCCAACUGUUGUUUAGGCUUUUUUGACUGUCCGCUUUUACCUUUUUUAACCUUAGUGCCCUCCCUUUCCGUCUCUCUCUGUUUAUUAGGUUUGUUACCUUUCGGUGUAUAUGAUUAAUUAUGAGGUUAUUUAAGCUUUCAGUUUCAGUACGUGAUUAUCCGCCGUCGUUUCAGCCUUUCAGGGGUUUCUUUUGUUAUUUCGCACCGUCUAUUUGGCGCCGCCCCAUUGAUUCCCAGACAGGGAGAGUAUGCCGAAAGUUCGGCAGUCACGCGCUCGACACGUGAGGGUCGGCGAUGAGAGAAAAUCGUCCUUUUUUUUUCUUUUUUUGUUUAAGUAGUAAUAAUGAUGGCAAAGGCAAACGUGUGGGUUUAGCAUUGUUCGGUUCGGCUCGCUAUCUGGUGAAGGCUGCCAGCGGAAGUGUACGAUUUUUUUUUUUUUUUAAUUGGAAAGCAGCCAAUCGUUGUGGAAGUGAUCUGCUUCUCACUCGCUGCUCGGCGCGUGUAUCUUUGGUUUUUUGUCGAGUGGAGUGGACUAAACUGCCCUUCGUCAUUUUUUUUUUCCAAAAGAUAUCAAAGUAAUUAAUUAUUUUCUAUGUUAUUCGUUUUAAUCGCUCCUGAGAGUCUCGUCGUUAUAUAUACGCUUUUAAGUUUUAAUUAUGAUUGGCUUGCGCCGGCCAAAUCAACGGCUUUGCACCUACCUUCACAGUCCCAAUUGAUUAAAAAACACUAAAUUAAAACAGUUUUA